GGAAGAGGGCGGGUGCCGAUGUCACUGCAGAAGCUGGUAAAAAUGAAAAGAACUUCUGAAAGUGAAUGUCAGCAGGGGAAAAAGAAGCAGCAGAUUGAAAGAUGCCUCGGGAAAUCAGCUGUGUGAAAGUGUAAACCUUCUGAUGAAAAAUCAUCCUGACGAUGUUGAUGUUAACCUUGUUGGAGAAAUAAAGCACUUCCAAGCCGAUAUCAAGGAAAAUUAUUCAGAUAAAGAACUUUAUGGCACCAGGACCUGUAUCAAGUCAUCAUCCAAGGCAAGUCUUCUUCUGCUAAGAUCUCAAGAUGAAACAGGCUCACCACAUUGUGCUAUUACUAGUUGUGAUUCUGGAUUCGACAUAUGGUAAAUUCCUUGUACUUGGACCUGUUGUCGCCACUGCAGGUGAAGAUGCUGUAUUGGAAUGUCAGCUUGUACCAGAAAUAUCUGCCAGCAACAUGGUGGUGCAAUGGUUUAAAUCAGGUCUUGAUUCACCAGUACAUGUGUACAGAAACGGGGAAGAUGACAUUGUUGCUCAACACAGGAAUUACAGAGGAAGGACUGAAUUAUUGAAAUAUAAACUGACCAAAGGAACCAUCUCUCUUGGAAUAAAGAACACAACAAUAUUUGAUGCUGGGGAAUACACAUGUUUAGUUGAUGCCACAACCUAUUCUGAUGAAACUGCAAUCAUAUUGAAAGUAGAGGGAGCAGAGCUGGCUUUAAAGAAAAGAAUGAAAAAGAAUGAACUGAGCAUGGGCACAGGGCCGUCUGCUGGUCUGAAGAUCGAAUCUGGAAGGAAGGUGGAAGACGGCUCCUUUACCGUCGGUCUUGAGCGUUACCUUAACCUGGCAUUUACAUGUCCAGAUUCCCAAAUCAUCUCUAACCGUGGUGCAGGUCCCAAACUUAUUGAAGUACCUGGUAAGGAAGGGUUUGGAUGUGAGCCCUGGAUUCAGAUGAAAGGAUAUCAUAAAAAAGGAAUUGAGCUUGUGUGUAAAUCCAGUGGAUGGUACCCUCGGCCAGAGAUACAGUGGGUUGGUGAUAAUGGAUAUCUUUUAACACAGGCUGAGACAAGAUAUCAAGAAGACUCGAAAGGCCUAGUAAAUGUCCAGACCGACAUUGUGGUUACAAGGCAAUCAACAAAUGGGUUCAAGUGUCGUAUACUGAGUAAACAUUUUAAAACAGCACAAGAAGUAACUAUCAGGAUAUCAGAUGAUAUGUUUCCUGCUGACCUUGGCUGGUUCGUGCCAUUGCUGGUGAACCUCUGUUGUCUAAUUGUAGCCGUUCCUGCUGUAAUUUUUUGGAUUGUGAAAAAUCAUCGCCACAUUAAAGAGCUAGAACUUCGGAAACCUUUUAUAGAAUGUGAGUGGAAGAGAAUUUGUGACUAUGAAGUCUCUGUGAACCUGGAUGUGGAAACAGCGAGUCCCGAGCUCGAGGUGUCUGAGGAUCUGAAGAGUUUGAGACGGACCCGGACCCGGACGAGUCUCCCUGACACCGGGAAGAGGUUUACAGACUGGUUCUGGUCUUGUGUCCUGGGAUCAGAGGGAUUCACAUCGGGGAGACAUUACUGGGAGGUGGAGGUGGAGGGGAAUUGGGCUUGGGGACUGGGAGUAGCCGCAGAGUCUGUGAAAAGGGACGAGGUCAGUCUGAGCCCGGAGACUGGAUUCUGGACCAUUGAGCGGUUUGGGGAUGAAUUUUAUAUAAAAUCCUCUCCUGGAUCCCGUCUCCCUGUCGGUCAGAUCCCCGGGAAGGUGGGAGUUUAUCUCAGUUAUGAGUCUGGGACAGUUUCAUUUUACAGCGCGGACACCAAGUCCCAUCUCCACAGCUUCACUGGGAAUAAAUUCACUGAGAAACUUUAUCCUUUUUUCUGGACUCGAGAUGAAAAGCAGUUUCUAAGAAUCUGCUCCGGUUCUGGAAAAGGGGCGGGACCUCAGGAGGUCGCAUCAUCCCUGACGUCACAAUGACUUGACCCCGUGAUUAGGUUCACAGGUCAGGG